GGAAAUCUAUUCAGUCAUAUGCGUUUUCGCCUUUGAACGGAGACGAAGUAUUUUUUCACUCUCUAUUCUUUAACACUCAGUCUAACGUAUUUUUGUUUCAGUAUCAUAAUUCUCUUUCAAUAUUAAAUUAUUAUUUUACUUUCAAACCUAUCGGAUAAAUUUUAAUAAUUUCUAUAAAUAAUACUCCGUUAUUUAAUUAUCUUUCAAACACUAUCGUGACUUUAAUUGAUAUUAUUUGUGCGUAUUCUCAUUGUCUUUAUACCAUCGUUAUUUAAACAUGAAAGAAGAUACGACAAAUAUGUUCAUACCGGAUUUUUAUGUCGGUCGUAAUAUAUUUAUUACUGGCGCGAACGGCUAUUUAGGCAAAGCGUUAAUUGAAAAGUUAUUACGAUCUUGUCCCAAAGUCGGCAAAAUAUAUAUGCUGAUGCGACCAAAGAAAGGAUUAGAUGUCAACGAAAGACUGAAGAAGAUAGUGGAAAACAAGCUAUUUGAUACACUGCGAAAUGAGCAACCAUCGUGUUUCGAUAAGCUCAUUCCCAUAGUUGGAGACAUACAUGCUGAAAAUUUGGGAUUACGACCUAUCGACAGACAGAUACUAAUUGAGAAAGUGACCAUAAUAGUGAACAUUGCCGCGAAUGUGAGAUUUGAUAUAACUUUGAAAAAUGCGAUUUUGAGCAACACGAGAUCGGCGCGGGAUAUUUGUAUUUUAGCUCAGAAUAUGAAGAAUCUAGCGGCUUUGGUACACAUUAGCUCAACCUUCACUCAGACCGAUAAACCCGUGGUCAACGAGGAACUGUAUCCCUACGGUGUCGACUGGAAGAAGAUGAUUAAAGUCGCCGAGUCUGUCGAUGAUGAUAUCCUGACUACAUUUACAGCAAAAUGCGUGGGAUCGUUUCCAAACACUUACGUAUUCUCGAAGAGAUUGGCGGAAGAAGUGAUAAAUGACUAUUCCAAAUCAUUGCCCUGUGUGAUGAUUAGACCGUCUAUAGUCCUACCGACGAUGGAUGAACCGGUAAAGGGUUGGAUUGAUAAUUUUAAUGGACCAAUGACAUUAUACAUGGCUGGUGGCAAAGGAAUAGUGCAGGUGACGUACUGCAAUUCUGAUAACGAUUGCCAAUAUGUACCAGUAGAUGUAUUCGUCAAGGCUGUAAUAAUUGUAACGUGCAUACGUGGAACCAAAAGCGUUAUCGAGGACGAUACAUUUCAUAUUUAUAAUUGCUCGGACUUGACUCACGUAUCUAUAAAGAAAUUUGCUGACAUAUCUGCGAGACUUCUAGAGCAGAUUCCCUUCGAAAAAAUGAUAUGGAUGCCAUCAAACAGUACUACAUCGAAUUAUUUGAAAUAUUAUAUACUUAUAAUACUGCUGCAUAUUAUGCCGGCUCUGUUCAUAGAUGGAAUCUUGAAACUGCUCAAUAUAAACCCGAUGCUGCUAAAAUUGCAAAGAAAAAUCUAUAUGGCUACCACUGUUCUAGCGUUCUUUGUGCUAAAGAAAUGGCAGUUUCGUAAUGAAAAACUGAUGAAGGUGUUUAAUAGCCUUAGUGAGGAUAAUUGGAAAAUUUUCGGAUUUGACAAAACUUCUUUUUUGACACAUGAUUAUGCUAAAAAUGCCAUACUCGGAACGAAACAGUUCUUACUAAACGAAGACAUCAUGAAUCUAGUCGCGGUAAAACGUCAUUACAACAGGAUGAAAUGGCUUGACAGAAUAGUUCGGACAUUGUUUGUUCUUAUCGUACUGUGGAUACUUUAUCGCAAGAAUACGCUAUUUUACAUUAUAGGAGCAUUUUUUCCCCUUUCUGUUUAAUAGCUAUAUAUACUCGAUGAAAUUUAAUGUUAAGAUUAUUUGCGGAUUUCAAUAAAUUAUUAAAUAUAAUAAAUUAUUAUAUGCAUAUUUCCAAACAUAGCUUAAUUUUUAGCGAUGAUGGGUAGAAUCAUCUUUUACAAAUAUGUUGCACAGAAUUAGUAUUUUUAUAGAUAUUAAAUGUAUAAUCUAAAUAUAUAGUUUUACUAAAUAUAUAUUUGCAAAAUUUUUGGAAAAAUAUAAAUAUAUAAUUUUUCUUUUCAUAUCACAUGUUCAAUAUAUAUACACAAACUGAAAGCUAUACACAUUUCUAUCAAAUUCACUAAAUUCGAUCAAAUAAUCUUAACAAUAAAAUAUUCUAAAAACUUGAUAAUUUUCCUAUUUUGAUGGUGCUUGGUGUACAAAUUUAACAAUGCUAGAAUGUUUAUGUAUUACUUACAUCUAUAAUAUACUAUAUUAUAUUAUAUACUUAUUCUGCUCAUUCAGUUUUGAGGAACAAUAAAAAUACAAAAACUAAUAAUAAUGUAAAAUAAUAAAAACUAUCUUAAUGUA